AUGAGCCGGAAGCUCGGGGAGCUGUUGGCGCCAGAGCACGCUGUGGGAGGGCACGGCCUGGAGAUCCUAUGGUGUGGGCCCAGGCGUUGCCGCUUCGCCUCGUUCCUGGAAGCACCUGUCAUUAAGGCGUCCCUCUACGCCGGCAAUGCCUGUGCUCAAGACCCGAGCCACUGCGUCAUGUUGCGAGGCGGCUUCCAGUCACUGGGCCACGACUUCUGCAAGGACUCGGGGCAGCCAGACUGGUGCAAGAAGGAGAGCCCAUCGGAACCGCAGUGCCUCUGCCCCGGGAGGACGAAGCUCUACUUGGAGAAGAAUCCGCAGGAGGCAGAGAAGUUCGACCAGUCCGGUUGCCCAAACUGA